AUGUUAGGAAAUACGUCUACUACAAACGUUUCUGGACCUCUUGGUGUAUUACAAUUAAAACAAGGGUUAAAAACUUCAAAUAAAUGUUUGUCAUGUUUUUCAGUGGAUGAAAGUACGACUCUAAAUAAUGAAAAAAAAUUAAAGGCUUGGAAAACCAAAGAGGAUAAUCCAGUUAUAGUUGAUUGUUUAACAUCAGAAAAUGCUUACAAUAAUCAUAUUCAGUUUUCCAACAACUUGAAUGUUAAUCAAGCAAAUAAAAUUAUUUCACAACCAAAAUUAUCCUCAACAAUUGAUUCAAGUGUUCAUAAAUGCUCAAUUAACCUCGAUUGUUCGAAACUCUUGGAUGAUUCAAGAUCAAAAUAUCUUCUUUCUAGUGGUGCUCCUGAACCGAUAAUAAAAACAUCUUUCUCUGGUUUAAAUUACUUAUAUAUACCAGCAUGUAAAGAGUCGUUUACUACUUCAAAACAAUUACCAUUACAUCAAAAUAUCCAUGUCAACAAAAAGCCUAGUGGUACUGAAUUAAUUAAUAAAGAUAAACACAUAAGUAAGAUAUUGAAAUCAAAAUCAGCGAUGUCAAUAACAUCUGAUAAAAUUUCAUGUAAAAAUUCUGAUAAAAAUUACUCAGAAAUUCAUAGUAAUGAUUCUAUAGCUGGUGAUCACUCUAAUAUUAUUUUUCAGCCAACAAAUUUAGAUAAAAAAAAAUUUCAUUUAGUUCACUCUAAUUUAGUAUCAAUGUCUUCAGCAGAUGAAAAAUAUAAUCAAACUAUUCAGACCAAUUGUCAAAACUUCUUGCCAUUAGAUUUACCUACAGAAUUACAGUCUUCCCCAAUAAAAUAUGAAAAUAGAGAAAAAUGUAGAGAUCCCUGGAGGCCUACAGAGUUCGAAAGCAACUCACUGUGUCUGGUUGAAAAGUGUCAUAGCGACCAUACCCAAGAAAAUAAUGCCAAAAGAAGAACUGGUGCAUCUUGUCAAGCAUUAAAACAUGCUGUUUUAUCUCUAAAUAGGUUGGAUGACUUUUUUAUGGAGAAAAUUGGCGAAGGUUUUUUUUCUGAAGUUUUUAAGGUUACUCACAAAGUGACAGGACAAGUCAUGGUUCUCAAAAUGAAUCAACUACCAGCGAAUAGGCCAAAUAUGUUGAAAGAAGUUCAAUUGAUGAACAAACUCAAUCAUCCUAAUAUACUCAGAUUUAUGGGUGUUUGUGUCCAUGAGGGUCAGUUACAUGCAUUAACAGAAUAUAUAAACAAUGGUAGUUUGGAGCAACUUAUUAUGGCCAGGCAUCUACCUUUAAGUCAUUUAACAAAAAUGAAUCUUGCUCAAGACAUAGGUCGAGGUAUGGCAUAUCUUCAUAGUAGAGGAAUUUUCCAUCGUGAUUUGACGUCGAAAAAUGUUUUAAUCAAACGCCACGAAAAAACUGAGAAACUUACAGCAGUUGUCGGGGACUUUGGACUUGCAUCGAAAAUUCCAGAUCCAAAUUCGGGAUAUCGAUUAAGUACAGUUGGUAGUCCGUAUUGGAUGUCACCGGAAUGUUUAAAAGGACAGUGGUAUGACCACCGAUCAGAUGUUUUUUCUUUUGGUAUAGUAAUAUGUGAAUUAAUUGGACGCGUACCUGCUGAUCCUGAUGUUCUUCCACGCUCAGAUAACUUUGGCCUUGAUUAUCUUGCUGUAGCAGAAAUUUGUGCUCCAGCAGAUCCACCACCUGUUUUUUUACAACUUGCCUUCAAUUGUUGCACCUAUGAGCCCAAAUCUCGGCCAACCUUUCCAGAAAUAGUUUUAAUAUUAGAAAAUUUAAUAAAGAAUUAUAAUCAUCAAUCAAGAAUUCAUUAUCAUGCGAUGCCACGAAGUGCCGAAACAGCUUUAUUAACUCUCGAUGACAAUGUCAGAGAAAGUAGGUGUGCUCAACGUUGGACAGCUAGACGAAGAAGUCAUUCGGCGGAUGCUAGAAGUUGUGAUAAUGCAACUCCUUCAGAUAAAGCUCGGUGUCACUCAUCAAGGCGAGUUGCUGAACUUGCUAGUCGAAGUGAUCCUCAUUAUCGACCUAUGACAGCAAAUCCUUUUCAAGCUCUAGGAGGAGUUAAAAAAAUAUUAGGAGAUCUUUUUUCCAGUUGCCUUGAACUUCCAUCCCUUGAAGAUAUUAGACCCAAUAUUGUCGACAAUGUUGAUUCUAAAUUUAAACUAACGAAUAGUAUCAACAUUACCAAAGUUCUCGAGAGAACAAAACCUAAUUCCGAACCAAGUAGCCCUACUGCAAGAAGAAAAUGGGAAAAAAAGGUUAUAAAAACAGGUGGAGGUACUUAUUUCUUUGCUAACCCUGUAUUUAAAGAAAGCUGGGAAUUUCGGAGACGAGGCAGCUGUGAAUCUGGAUUCUGGAGUUGUAUCGAUGAGGAUUCAAGCCCAGAAUCAUCUAAUCAUCGACACGCAUCUACGUUAAGUAGUUCAGCAGCCAGUAGUUUAUUUCUCUUGGACGACCAUCGAACGAGUUCAAUAUUCACAGAUUCUUCUGAAGAUAUUGCGAGUCUUGGUGGAGGAGAUUCGUCUUAUUGGGAAGAGAAAUUAAAUAGUAUUGGCUCCUCUAGCACAACUAUUUCAAAAAUAGUCGAGUAUUUCGAAAAAAAACAAGGUAUUGGUAGUAAAAAUACUAAUGAUAAGGCUCCGAAUAAAAUAAAUCUAUUAAAAGCAAGUUUUGAAAGCGGUGUACCAUUGUGCAACGUCUCUACUGCUCAACGACUAUUCUCUGUAGGCCUCCAAAAAAUUUAA